AUGUCCGGGACAACACGAGGGACAGCAGUUGUCGACAACCCCGUCCUCAGCGAACAAGAAUUCCAGAAUCUCAUCGAAGCCCUUCAAGCGCCCAGGGUACAAGUAACAAGUUGGGAGAAGGAACCCAGAGGACACGGCCAUUAUGCGGCAGUGUACACGGGGAGAGCCGUCGUUCAGUCGCGCGAAGUAUCAGUCGCCUUGAAGGUUUUCCACAGGAGAGAUAGUCCAGAGGACGUUGCGCGCCUAACCCGAAACCUCAUCCGAGAAACCAGAGUAUGGUCCCAUUUGCGGCACCCCAACGUCCUCACACUUCAUGGUGUUUACCCUGAAGUCAGAAGUCGACGUGUCUGGCUCGUAUCUCCGUGGAUCGAAAAUGGAAAUCUGUCCCAAUACCUGAACGUGUACCCCCGCGCGGAUUGUAUUGCUCUGUGCCGAGGCAUCCUGAGCGGAGUCAUCUAUCUCCACUCCAAGAAUGUGCUACAAGAGGACAUCAGAGCGACCAAUGUACUCGUUGGUGUUGACAGUGUUCCCCUUCUCGCAGAUUUUGGUCUAUCAAGGUUUCUGGAAGAGCUCCCACCAACGGUCGAGGCAACCACAGGCAUGUAUUCCGGAUCAUUACGGUGGAUGGCGCCCGAGCGUAUCCAGCCUGCAACGUUCGGUCUGACGACGACCUCUGCACAGAGCGCCGCGAGUGAUGUGUACUCAGUGGGAAUGACAAUGUACGAGAUAUUCGCUCGUAAAGCUCCAUUCCACUUGAAGCGUGAUGUUGAAGUCAUUCAGGCCGUUGUUUCAGGCGAACGCAUGGAUCAUCCAGGCAACAACGCCAUCAUGCGAGGGAUGACUCCAAGGAUUUGGGAAUUCAUGUGGGAUACCUGGGAUGCUGAUCGAACAAAGAGACCGAAACUCGAGACGGCACUUGAAACGAUUUUAUGCGAUGGUCCGUUCGAAGGCACUACCAGGUCUGAACUGAGAGGCGUGACCCGACAGGCAUAUAACCGACGGCAUUGGCUGGAGAUCGACCUGGUCGCCAGCGAACCAGUGUACGAGUUGGAACGCUGGAAAGACGGAUUCUAUCUGGGAAGAAAGGAACGAGGAGAGAAAGGAAUAUUCCCUGGCUAUCUCAUCUAUCUCGAGGAUCAAUCCACAUCCCGCCAAGGACCUGCAUAUGAGCCUAGGGUGUCUAAUGCUGUCGGCGUGAGACCUCAGCCAGUACAGAGAUCAACCAUCCAAGUACCAGCGCCUGAUCCCUACGAUAUCGGUCGAAUCAACAUUGGUCCAUCCAGGACUUCAACAUUGUCAAUGGGACCGUACCCAACGACCUCCGUGAUGUCCGCAGCACCCGCACAGUAUCUCUACGAAGAGCCCCUGGACAUGAAUACGAGGCUGGCUACCCCUCCGGAUGACGAUGAAACUGACAAUGAGGGUUUCGUUCCAAGGCUAGAUGCCCCACUUUUGGCCGCGAGUCGUUUACCGCAGCAAUCGGGUUACCGAACUCAUCCGUACACAGCUUUCCCACCACCAACCGUGGAAGAAAGGGAGGAAGCUGACCAGUCUCGUCCUUCCGUUGUCUCCCCGCAGGGACCUCGCCUCCAAGGAGGAUAUGCAAACAACCCUUCCCAAGCACAACUUCCCGCGUCCCAGUUCGCGCCUCCCCCUUAUCCACCGCCGGGUGUGCCUGCCAAGCGUAAUCAACAACUCCGUGCCGUCCCGAACGAAACGAGAUCUGAAUACGUCCGCACUCUGGAUCCGGAUCCUCGUGCUCCUGUGCCUCCGCCAAGGAUCGCUGGAGGUUAUACCCAACGUCCGGCUCCUGCCAAUCCCGCACACCAAUCGAUGGUCGAAAUAGCGACAAGGGAAACUGAACUCAGAGCAGACAUGUUGCAGAAUCAGCCGAUGCAGCCCAAUUAUCCCCUGAAUGCGAGGCCAACUGCCCAAGAUAUUGAUAUUUUAUAUAAAAUUAAAAAUUAUUUUAAUGUUGGAAAUGCAUCUGCAUACAGUGCAAAUCAGCCAGUACGAACUGUACGAAACGUGCCUGUGGCCCAACCUGCCUACCAGACCCGCCCCGACGCCACAUACGCCGUCACGACGUCUAACUCCAACCGUCUACCUGGGACUGCACGGCGCACACAGACCGCAGCAGCACCUUCGUCACAGCCUGCGUACCCACCGCGACCCGCACUGGACCAGAGGCAGUCAUAUGGUCCACCUCCGACCAAUGCCCCAGGGCCUGGAUUCAUGCCCAUCACUCAAGGCGCGCCUCUUCAGCCAGUCCCGCAGGAUGGGCAAACCAGGCUUUUGAAUCCGCACGCACCGAGGCAGCAGCAUAAUAGGGAGAUAGACGAGGUUACGGGAUACAUGCAGAGUAUGACCAUCCAGCGCCCAGCGCCGGGUGGUCCGCAACAGCCAGCUUAUUGGCGAGCCCCGCAACCACGCUGA